AUGCCGACCGCCUCGCCUGCCGUGGGCCAGCAGACUCCGCCAAACCAGCAGCCCUUGAUCCCCGUCGGCGCCGAUUGCGAGCUGGUCGACUCCGAGACAGGGAGCGUCUUUCUCGCCACAGUCAUCUCACGACGCUGGGGCAGCCCAUCGAGCACGCAGGCUGGGUCCGAGAGCGACCAUGUUCAGUACUACAUCCACCGCCACGACCAGGAUAAGCGCAUGGAUGGAUGGGUCGAUCAGUCCUCCGUUCGUCCGGUAUCCGCUCGCCCUGCACCGACAGCCGCACCUGCUCCAUCCGACCCUCAUCAUCUGCUGCUGAGCACGGCAACACGUCCGGGCGACAAGGGCAAGAGGAAAGCCGAGAACGAGCUCAAGUACGACGACAGCGACGGCAGCCGAACGCCCUCAGCCAGCAGGCAGGCAUCACCGACACCGCCAGAUCGCCUCCCUCACCCUCGCAGCAGGAAGAAUGCUCCGGCUUCGUCGCCCGAGACUCCAGCGCUGCGUAACAUCGACCGCGUCCUGUAUGGCAACUUUGACAUCAAGACGUGGUACUACAGUCCAUAUCCACUCGACCACGACGAUGACGCUACCGAUGGCUCGGCGGCGUCUUCGCACGUGUCUACAGGUCUGGGGUCCAACAAGCGCAACCAGUCGCCAUCCCUGAGACUUGGAGCAGCCUCAUCUCCCGCAGCGAGGCGCGCGCCCAACACUGGCGCCGACUCGCCCGCAUCUGCGUCACGGAUGUCGCCCGCCGCCGGCCAUGCACGCGGCCGCAAGGACGUUCUUCCGACCAAGAUGCUCUGGAUCUGCGACGGGUGCUUCAAGUACAUGAAGACGUACAAUGGCUAUGCAGCCCACCGCAAGUUCUGCCGAAACACUCAUCCGCCCGGGCGCAAAGUCUACCAGCGCGGCGCGCACAUCAUCUGGGAGGUCGACGGCGCCCAAGAGACGCUGUAUUGCCAGAAUCUCUCGCUCUUCGGCAAGCUCUUCAUCGACCACAAGACUAUCUACUUUGACGUCGAGCCCUUCGUCUUCUACGUGCUCACUGAUGCAGCCAAUGCGAGCUUCGACCAUGCGCUCGGCUUCUUCUCCAAGGAGAAGAUCUCGUACGACGACUACAACCUCGCGUGCAUCGUCACCUUUCCACCGUUUCAGCGAAAGAGCUUUGGCACGCUCAUGAUCGAGUUCUCGUACUAUUUGUCUGCAGCGCAAGGCAUGCUCGGCACGCCCGAGAGGCCGCUCUCGGAUCUGGGGCUCAAAGGCUAUCUAUCGUUCUGGACGGCGGUGCUGUUGCGCGCGCUGGUGACGUGCUUCGACGGUCCGCUCCAGCCGCGCAAGGGCAGUGCAGCGAGGGGGCGCAGGCAAUCAUCGGCCGCGAGGUCGGCACAUGUGGUUGGUCAGAGCGUGGAGGAUGAAAACAAGGCGAAUGUCAGUGAGGCAGCAAGACAUUGGAACAUCCUCGUCCAGCGAUGCAAGCUGCUCGACGUGGACAUCAAAGCGCUUUCUCACCAGCCCGGCUACGAAGAGCUGCGCAAACUUGCCUCAGAGGCCGAUGGCCAAGUCAUCGCCGGUUCCGAUACUACUGCCGCGGCUGCGGCAGCGCAGAAGCGCAAAAUCCGGCUCAAAGGGUGGGCGGGUAGCACGCCUGCUCGUGCGCUACGGGCUGCGCGCAUCCAGCCGGCGCCCAACGACAACGCGCACACGCAGGCAGGGACGACGCCAAAUUCUGCACGAACUGCCUCCAACGGCGUCGGGGCCGGAUCGCCAGACGCGGCUCAUCCUGCGCUGGACGUUGCUAAGCUGCGUGCCAACGAGCCGUGCACGAUGAAUGUGACGCUCGAUGCGCUCUCGCGUCUUACGCAUAUCCGGCCGGACGACAUCGUGCUUGCGCUCUCGGAAGCGGGCAUGCUCAACGCCGCGUCAACUCCAUUCCUUCCGGCCUCUAGUGCGGCUGUGUCGCAGAACGGCGCGUCGCAAGACGGGGCCUCAUCAGCCAACGGCAAGAGCGGCCAGGGCAGCCCGUCGACACCCGCACACGGGCAACCCGCGCUUCUGCUUACACGCGACGCGAUCCGCUCGGCGAUCGAACGCUUCAACGUGCGUCCUGCCGUGCUGGACGAAUCGUACGCACUCAUUUGA